AUGAGGCCAUCUCGACUUUUUUCCCUUGUGCUCACGCUUGUGAGCUGGGAAUUCGUCUCUGCCCUUGUGGUGGACAAGCGUCAGAGUCUUCCGACUUCAGAAGUCAAGCUACAGAGCUAUACCCUCAAUGGUAAUAGCUUCUCUGGUAGCAUCUACAUCAAGAAUAUUGCCUAUCAGAAAGUGGUUACCGUCAUCUAUUCCAACGCUGCCAACAGCUGGGUCAGUGGUCAAUCGGUUUCGGCGUCGUACAGCGGUUCUAUCAGCGGCUCAAACUAUGAGACUUGGACGUUCUCGGGUACCAUUGGCUCUGGUGGCAUCAAGCAGUUUUACAUUCGCUACGAUGUUUCUGGCACUUCGUACUAUGACAAUAAUGGCACUAAGAACUACGAUGUAGGUACUACGACCACAACUACUACAGCGCCGAGUACGACAACCACCAGGGUCACCACCACAGCUGCUACCACCACUACCACAGCUAUCACUACUUCCCGCGUCACUACUACUACUUCGGUAGCUACUACGCCUACGUCCACCGUCAGCACGUCUUAUAUCCCCACGCCGUCCAACAUUCCUCCUGAACUUACUCCUUGCAAUACUUGGAAUGGACAAGACGCAUGCAGUGGAUCUCAGGUCGAAUACCCUGCCAGCUGGGAUGAUCGCAAAUGGCAAACUCCGUCUCGCGGAACCUCGGCCUGGUCCUCUGGUUUCCAAGAUUACCGCGAGCUCACGGGUUACGUCGACAUUUUUUACAACUCGGCCCGUACUUCUGCAACCGUCACCGUCAAGGCCAACUCUCGCACCGGAGUUGCGCUUUCGUAUAGUUUCAAUGGCGGUGCUUUUGGAAGUGGCGCAUCCGCAACUGUGACUAGCUCCUUUACUGGCCCAUACGCGAUUUCGGUCAAGGAUGCAAACGGCGCCACCUUGGCUUUCGACGCUACCUACUUUGUCUGGGAUGCCCCCGCUGUCAAUCGUCCCGAGACGAAUGGUGGACAAAAAGUCGCGAUUGUCGAGCUUUUCGGAUGGCCAUACGCCGAUAUUGAGAAAGAAUGUGUUUUCCUUGGAAAGGCCGGUUAUGGUGGUGUAAGAAUCUGGCCUCCAUCUGAGGCGGUUACUUCUGACUGGUGGCCCCAAUCAAACGAGCUCAACCCCUGGUGGUUCGUCUACCAGCCUGUCUCCUAUCGUCUUAUUAGCCGCCAUGGCACCCUCGCUCAGCUUCGAAGCAUGAUCACGACAUGCCGCGCAAACGGUGUCCGCGUAUAUGCUGAUGCGGUCGUCAACCACAUGUCCGGAGGCGGUAACGAUAUCCAAAAUCACCGUGGCUCUGGCUCGGCACCCACUUGUGGUUGGUAUGGACCCAAGAACGGGACCGCUGGAAGCCCAUUCUUCACGCAUACAUCAACCUACCAAUACAAUACUCAAACCGGUUUGCGUCCGGCGAUGGAAUACCCCGCUGUUCCUUACAGCCCGACCGAUUUCCACUGUGACCGCUCGCUAAACUCGUUUACCGAUGGCUUCAUCCUCAACUACGGCUGGUUGGUUGGUUUGUCCGACUUGAACACCGAGAAACCAUAUGUACAAGAACGUAUUGCAACCUAUUUCGCUACCCUUCUCAGCGUCGGAUUCAGCGGAUUCCGUAUUGACGCUGCAAAGCAUAUGGGCCCUAAGAAUAUUGCUCAGAUUCUCGCACGCCUCAAGACUAAAAUGGGUGGUUCUCUACCGCCAGAUUUCAUCACUUGGCUCGAGAUUAUUCUUGGAGGCGAGAAGGACCUUCUCGCAUGCUCGUACAACGAUUACAAUUGGUAUCAAUACUUCAAUGAACAAAUGUCAGCAGCCGGCUUGAGUUCCACUGAAAUUGGAUAUGUUAAAAUCUGGUCGUCAGAUUACCCCAAGGAAUAUCCCAUCUGUGGAUCGUGGAUUCUGCCUCCUUCCCGAUUCGUCAUCCAGAACGAUGAUCAUGACCAACAAAAUGACGGUUCCAGCUCGCGCGAUAUGGACAAGAAUAUAGCCACCCACCGAAACUUCGAAGUCCAGCUGUUCACCCAGACUGGAUUUAACGCAAACGUUAGGAACAUUCUGUCCUCGUAUUCCUUCAGGAGCAACGGCGCCAAGGGAUUCCCUGACGGCUAUUCUGAUUGCUCUCGCUUCAAGGGAACCGGCACCUGCAUCUCUAUGCCCUACUCUGCAGCCUACAAUGCCAAUGCUUGUGGUUACAGUGUAGCCCAGGGUGGAUCUUGGACGGAGGGUGUCUAUACUCGAGUUCACCGUGACAUGUCGAUCGUGAAUGCCAUGCGUGGAUGGAUGGGACUCGGGUCUACCACGGCAUCGGCCGUGGGCCUUCCGUCCGGCUGUACCUAA